UCCCCCGUUUCUAUCAAUAGGAAAACUGAAUACGACGGGCAUUUAAAUGACGACCCAUUUCGUCGUUGGAUUCAUAAACCUUCGAACCUCCCGUAGAAAAUGAAGUUGUUUCCGAUCGUCUUCCUUUUGGCUGUCGCUGCUGGGGAGGCCCUUGACGAAAUCUGCAAUUCCCGGAAGACGACAACAAAUCUGAUAGCGAGACGAACUUGGCCCAGUCAAAUUGCCUCGACGACGGCCAAACCGACAACCGACACGACGACGGCCAGUCCAAAGAGCACAACAACCGCAGAGUCAUCCACUGUUUCGACGACAGCACCAACAACAACCACAACAACUGCUGUGACAAGCACGACGAGCAUCCCGUCGACAACCACCACAAAGUCCAGCAGCACCAUGAGCUCAACAUCAACAACCACCAUGGCUACAACAACAACUCCUUUACUGAUUCUUUUCAAUUGCUCCGUUACUGAUCCAGAGUGUGGAACUAUGUGCACCAAUUUGACGUCAACGGGAGGUGUUGUCCAGUCUCCCAACUACCCCGGUGAUUACGGGAAUGAGGAGAGGCGAUGCGAAGUCUCCAUCACCGCGCCGGCAGGAUGGAUGAUCCAAUUGAAAUUCACCGCCUUCAAUGUGGAGAAGAACGUAGCUGCUGUCUUUGCUAACGAUGGCACAUCGUCUGUAAUGACUCCGACCAGCGGCAACACAAUUCCUGAUCUAGUCCCCACGGCCGUCGGCAUGAUGCGCAUCUUCUUUCAAUAUUAUGUCAGUAGUAAACCCAUCACGGCCACAUACAAUUGGCAGGCGACUUUUUCUGUGACGAGCCAAGGGAGUUUAUGUUCCGUCGAAAAUCCAGCGUGCGGGAAUAUGUGCACCAAUGUGACGCCGGCGGGCAAUGGUGUUGUCCAGUCUCCCAACUUCCCCGCCGACUACGGGAGUGAAUACAAGAAUUGCCAAGUCUCUAUUGUCGUGCCAGCAGGAAAGCGAAUCCGGUUGGAAUUCACUACCUUCAAUUUGGAGACUGACAUAAGUUCUAUUCUUGUUAGCGACAAAAGCGCACUUUAUUUGCCCUGGACAACCGGAAAUACAAUUCCUCCAGUAGUCACCACAUCAUCCAACAUAUUGUUAAUGAAAUUUUUUACCAAAGACAGUACUAAACCCAAUGCCGCAAUAUAUAAUUGGAAGGCGACUUACACUGCGGUAUAGAGGUGCAACAACCACAACAUCUCGGAUGACUACAAAAAAAAACGACGACUAGGAAUGAAAUAAAGACUUUCUUGCUUAACGUACCAAAUCUAAAAUCAUGAUUCAAUGAAUUGUUUGACUGAGCUGAAAUUCCCUGCCACAGUCCCAACACUAAUCUGCAGAUCAUACUGUCACUCGCAGUGCUUUAGUAACACACAGCGCUGUGAUUUCAAAUUAUUUUCAACUGUUAUAUUAUCAAUUGGCAAAGAAAUAAAUUGAUUUAUUCCCAAACAGGUCACUUGUCCCUUUCUUCGUUUUCGUUGUUACGACAUCAAACGUCGAAAUAAAAGUUGAUAUCAAGUUAUGCGUUCGUGCAAGAUCUGCAAGUGGAGUUUUAAUUAGCUAUCGUUGGAAUUCUUGGAAAGUGUAUAU